GCUCAGCGGCCAUCAUUCGCAACUCCUUGAACUCCUUUAAACCCGUGCCAGAUUCCCAGGCAAAAAAAAGCCAGUGAACAUGACCCAAAGCACAACGACAAGCCCCGCCGCCGUCCCUGGCCGUCAGGUCGGCGGGGGUGCCAGCGAAUCCCAACGUGCCAUCGCCUCUCUCAACCCUUCCUCCGUCCUACCUCACCUGACCAAAAUCUUCAAGGCCCAUGCCAACAAGGAGACCGGGAAAUGGCACAAGGCCGAGAUCACUUCGUUCAUCCAAACCAGUCAAGGCCACGCCGGCGACCUCGAAGCUGCUCUCCUGUCUGGUCACCUCGCCAUUGCGUCCCGGGACGAAAUCGACCUCGACGGUUUUCUUGAAUACAUGACCUCAUCUGCUUCCGCUUUGACUGCUCCCCCUAAAGAAGAAGACCUCUCCUGGCCUCUGCACAGCUACUUCAUCAGCUCCAGCCACAACACUUACUUGACGGGGAACCAGCUGUCCAGCGACUCCAGCACAGAUGCCUACAAGAACGUCCUGCUCCGUGGCUGUCGCUGUAUCGAAGUCGACGUCUGGGAUGGAGAUGGCACGGACGCGAGCGACUCGGAGAGCUCCGACAGCGACAGUGAUGAUGAUGAUAACGCCCGUAGCAAUGACGAGAGAACUGAGAGCCCCGGACAGAAGAAGAGCAAGCUGAAAAGGCUCCGUAACAAGGUGUCCAGCUCGCUCCCUGGGCGCCGUCGGGGCAAAGCUGCCGAAACGUCGCCAACUGGUCAGAGUCAUGACGCCCCCGCUGCAGACGAGACUGCCUCACCUCGAGCCGCCAUCGUCGAGCCGCGUGUUCUGCACGGUUACACCCUCACCAAGGAAAUCUCCUUCCGGGACGUCUGUACUACCGUCCGAGACUAUGCCUUUGCCGUCACCGAUACCCCUCUCGUCGUCAGCCUCGAGGUCCACUGCAGCCCGGCCCAGCAGGACGCCAUGGUGAAGAUCAUGGAGGACACAUGGGCAGGGCUGCUCGUCCCCGUGCCCGAAAACGAACCUACGGCAUUGCCGCAGCCUGGUCAACUGAAGGGCAAAAUCAUUGUCAAGGUCAAGUACGCGCCGCCGACCGGAUCCGCCGCUGACGAUGACGACGACGACGGCGGCGGCGGCGGCGAUAAAGAGGACAGGGCGCCACAAAAUGCUAAACAGGCGAAGCCGCCCAAGAUCACCCAAAACCUUAGUCGUCUCGGCUUCUACUGCCGCGGGGUCACGUUUAAGAGCUUCGCCCAGCCCGAGGCCACCAUGCCGACUCACAUUUUCUCCUUGUCCGAGCAAAAGGUCAUCGACAUGUACGAGAAAGUAGGCCGAACCCUGCUGGACCACAACCGGAACUACCUCAUGAGGACGUACCCCUCUGGUUUACGAAUCCGUUCCUCCAAUCUUGACCCUGCGCCGUUUUGGCGGAAGGGAAUUCAAGUCGUCGCCCUGAACUGGCAGAAGUGGGAUGAGGGCAUGAUGCUCAACGAGGGCAUGUUCGCCGGCACGCACGGCUAUGUCCUGAAGCCUGAAGGUCUAAGAGGCGAUAGGGGUCCCGGCGACUCAACCUCCGAACUUUUAAUUCCACGCAAGACACUCCAGCUCGAGAUCAACGUCCUCGCCGCCCAGAACAUCCCCCUCCCGCCGGGCGACGACAACGCCAAGGGGUUCAAGCCCUACGUCAAGAUCGAGCUCCACGUCGAAGGGCCCGAGGAGCACAUCAAGGGCGACGGACACGAGCGGGAGGGCGAGUACAAGGCCCGGACCAGGACGAAGCGCGGUUGCGAUCCGGACUUUGGCGGCGAGGCGCUCCCGUUCCUUGCCAUCCCCGGCGUCGUCGAGGAGCUCGCCUUUGUGAGGUUCACGGUCCGCGACGACGAGAUUGGCAGGGAUGACCUCGCUGCCUGGGCGUGCGUGAGGCUGGAUCGGCUUCGCUCCGGGUAUCGGUUUGUGCAUCUUCUGGAUUGCGAGGGACGCGUUACCGAGGGGGUUAUCCUCGUCAGGGUUACCAAGGUGGUUACCGAGUAAGGUGGUGUGGGUAGACUAGACGUCUGGGAUGAGCUCUGUCCUUCCGGGGGGGGGGGG